UCCUGCGGCUCAGUCGAGCUAGCAUCGAGGUCGGAGACGGAAUUGAGACCGGUGAUCGGAUUCGGCGACAGUUGCGUCCGAGCCGCUUAGCGCACACGACAGUUGACGGUGGCAAGCUGCCGUAGUGAGGUCGAGCCCCCACGCUGCACCGUCUCUUCCUUUCUCUAUUUUCCUCGCUCUCCCCGACUCUUCUUCAUCAUCCUUUAUCUAACCCUCCGUUUGUGCACCCUGACACUCUCAGCUCGUACCUGGUACUCCAGCUCAUUGUCGAAUCCAUCCUCUGGCUAUCGUAUACGAUCCCACCUCCUACAUCUGAACUCCCCUCAGGGCUCGUAUGUCGCUAAACACCGUCAGCAUAACGUGACAGUAAACACGCGCGAGUGACAGUGCUUUAUUCAAACGAAGCAAUCCGAAUUAACCGGUCACUGCGAUAGAGGUUAUUAUUCGGCGAACGUACAAGAUCUACGAGAUUAUUCCCAGAAAGCACAGUGCUGUGUGAUGACACGCUCGUAUUAUCAUAAUUACGGAAUACGUGUGCAUGUGUCCAGUGGGGUUUAACAUCAAGUUGUUCGCCAAUCUGGAUACCUUACCGACCACGAUAUCUGGAUUAUCUCAUGACAGGAUGGCGCUGGCGCGGCCUGUGCCAAUGGGAGGUACCGAACUGGGACAGUGCAGAUUCCCGGAUCGAUUUGGCAAGCUCGCGAAAGUCGAUACGGAAAUGCAGAAUCAUCCUCAACGGCUGGAGCGACGAUCGUCGCGAUUCGAACUCGAGCACGGCGAGUAUACCUGGUUCGCGGAAACUUAUCGCCAAGCCUGUGCCAAUAGGAAGGACCGAACUGGGACAGAACUGAUUCCCGGGCCGAUUUGGCAAGCCCCCUACCGCAGACUUGCGGUGAGCGACUGUGCGCCUCAGACGUCGCGAGUCAGCUCCAACUUGCAUAGCAGCAGUAGCAUGGCGGUGAGCCGUGUCCCGAGCCCCCCGCCACCGGAAGUAAACACUCCCGUUGCUGAAAACUGGUGUUACACACAGGUGAAGGUGGUGAAGUUCAGCUACAUGUGGACGAUAAACAACUUCAGCUUUUGUCGCGAAGAAAUGGGUGAGGUUCUCAAAUCGUCCACAUUCUCGGCAGGUGCCAACGAUAAACUUAAAUGGUGCCUAAGAGUUAAUCCUAAGGGUCUGGAUGAGGAAAGUAAAGACUACUUGUCCCUGUACCUCCUUCUCGUUUCGUGCAACAAAUCUGAAGUCAGAGCAAAGUUCAAAUUUUCUAUUCUUAACGCCAAAAGGGAAGAAACCAAAGCUAUGGAAAGCCAACGAGCGUAUAGGUUUGUCCAAGGGAAAGAUUGGGGUUUUAAAAAGUUCAUCAGAAGAGAUUUCCUCCUGGACGAGGCCAAUGGACUAUUACCAGACGAUAAACUCACGAUAUUCUGUGAGGUAUAUACCUUUGUGAGUGUGGUGGCAGACAGUGUUAACAUCUCUGGGCAGAGUAACACGAUACAAUUCAAAGUUCCGGAGUGCCGGUUACCCGACGAUCUUGGGCUACUUUUUGAAAACCAAAAAUUCAGCGACGUCACGCUUACGGUUUGUGGCAGGGAAUUCCAGGCGCAUAAAGCUAUCCUUGCCGCACGAAGUCCUGUCUUCUCGGCCAUGUUCGAACACGAAAUGGAAGAACGGAAGCAGAACAGAGUAGACAUAACCGAUGUAGACCAUGAAGUAUUGAGAGAGAUGUUACGGUUUAUAUACACCGGCAAGGCUGCGAAUUUGGAGAAAAUGGCGGACGACCUUCUAGCAGCGGCUGAUAAGUACGCGCUCGAGAGGCUCAAAGUGAUGUGCGAGGAAGCCCUGUGCACGAGUUUAGCCAUCGAGAAUGCGGCAGACAUUCUCAUCCUUGCCGAUCUCCACAGUGCCGAUCAACUAAAGGCACAGGCCAUAGAUUUCAUCAAUACGCACGCAACGGACGUGAUGGAUACCGCUGGUUUUAAGUCGAUGGUCAACUCCCAUCCACACUUGAUAGCGGAGGCUUUCCGCGCCCUGGCGACCCAGCAAAUCCCACCGAUCGGUCCACCACGAAAGCGGGUUAAGCAGAGCUGAAAGCAGUCGCCCCUAACACCGGGCACGACCACCACAUCGCCUCCGCCUCUCUUACAUCCCUCUUGACUCUGUGUACAGUGAUCGAUUAGUGCUAAAUAAAUGUUUCCUGGUGCGCCACCUUCUGGUCCACUUGAAACUGGUCAAAAUGGCAACGAUGACUAUGACCACGACGAUGACGACGAUUACGACGAUCACGACCAUCACGACGAUCAUUAGACACAGCUACUAGGACGAAGCCAUCGCGAUGGAAGCUCCAAGAGAGUUACGGCCAGUAGGUUACGCGAGGGUGCGCCCACGCCAUACUCUUGUGUUCAGUGAGUGUCGGUGGUAAGACUGUUACUGUACCAGCAGAUAAACCACCUAGCUCGCCCACCUAUAAAACAAAGCAAAAAUGUGAAGAAGAAAAAAAAAACGAAAACAAGGAAAAAGUAAUGGAAGAUUUAAGGAACCACCCCACCCACGAUUGCCGAAAUCGCGACUCUGGAUUUUGGAAUCGAACUCGUCAUUCGUCAUGCGUCGACGUGUGUCUUUUGAGCACAGCAAGAGCAGGAGGAUCAUGUUUGUGAAAUGCGCGUGUUCAACGGAAAUUUCUGUUUAUGUCAACGCCAUUGUGUCUAGUGCUGAACUCCACUCCCGAUCCCCUCAGCUCCCGUGUUCACACGGACGUUGUGCUCUGUGGAAAUCAGUCUGUUAUAUCACUGAUUUUCAUUGCGGUUCUUUAUUGCUGGGAUCUGGAGUGGCUGGAACAUCGCUGGACGAAAGUAACACCAGCAGCACAAACCGGAGGACCAAGAGACUAACGAAGCUCGCUAGUUGCCACGAACCAACAGAGAAGUUGUGAUAGGCGUCCGCCAGACGAUUAAUAUUUUGUUCCUUUGUCAACGGAUCAAACAAUGCCCCCCCGUUCCCCUAUUUUCCCCUAAUGGGGACAAAUUGCUACGUGCGCAUUGGGGGCUAGACACUUUGUUUAUUACCGAUAGUGAUUUUUAAUUGUAUAUGUCAAAUUCUUCCAGCAACGGAGAAAUGAUUCUAGUUAGUGUUUUUUAUGAUCUCUUUCUCUCAAUAUGUAUAACUAUGAUUACGAUUACUAUUAAUGCUACGUAAUCUGUGCCCUGUAUUUUUGUAUAUUUUUUGUCUGCAGAUCCCCCGGCACAGGUUCUCUUUUGUUCUCUUCUAUCCUUUUGUUUCUCUACUAUUUUUCUCCCUCCCUUUCCAACUAUCGCGUAGUAGGUAAAAUGAUAGAUUCGAAUUAUUAUUGUAUUAAAUUUAGGGUUGUCCAUAAUUUAUCGAGUUUUAUGUUGAUUAUGAAAAAUGUCUAUCGUAUUUGUACGCAGGAAACAUACAUUGAAAAUGUUGCGAGUUGCAUUUUGAGAACGACGAUACGUUAUUAGAGGAUAAUGAAGAUAAACAAAAAUUAAAUGAAAUGUAUAAAUAAACGUUAGUCAAUUAUAGUAUGGAAUAUUAA